AUGGCGCCCACAUACAACAUCGCUAUGGUUAGCGAUUUUUUUUUCCCGCAACCUGGCGGCGUUGAGAGCCACAUUUACCAACUGUCAUCCAAACUUCGAGAUCGCGGCCACAAAGUCAUCAUCAUCACACACGCGUACAAGGGCCGCACCGGCGUACGCUAUCUCACCAACGGCCUAAAAGUGUACCACGUUCCCUUCUUUGUGCUGUACCGCUCUGCCAGCUUCCCAACCGUCUUCUCUUUUUUUCCCAUUUUCCGCAAUAUUGUCCUCAGAGAGCGCAUCGACAUUGUCCACGGUCAUGCCUCCCUCAGCAGCCUGUGCCAUGAGGCUAUCCUCCACGCCAGGACCAUGGGCCUGCGGACUGUGUAUACGGAUCAUUCGCUUUUUGGCUUUGCGGAUGCCGCCAGCAUAUUCGCCAACAAGUUACUCAAGUUCAGUCUCAGUGAUGUGGAUCAUGUCAUAUGCGUGAGCCACACAUGUAAAGAGAACACGGUACUUCGAGCGUCACUCGACCCAUUAAUGGUCUCCGCCAUCCCCAAUGCCGUGGUGGCGGAAAACUUCAAACCCCUCGACUACACAGAACCAUCACCACGAUCCUUCGCCCCUCACCAUCCACCGCCAGCUCGGCCCCUUGGUCCGCAUGACAUGAUCACCAUCGUGGUGAUAUCCCGUCUCUUCUAUAACAAGGGCACGGAUCUUCUCACCGCGGCCAUCCCACGAAUCCUGGCCAACCACCCCCACACCCGCUUCAUCAUUGCCGGCGACGGGCCCAAGGCCAUUGACCUGGAGCAAAUGAUCGAGCAAAACGUGCUCCAAGACCGCGUUGAGAUGCUCGGUCCCAUCCGCCACGAAGAAGUCCGCGACGUCAUGGUGCGCGGCCAUAUCUACCUGCACCCCUCCCUCACCGAAGCCUUCGGCACUGUCAUCGUCGAAGCCGCCAGCUGCGGGUUAUACGUGGUCUGCACACGCGUCGGUGGCAUCCCCGAAGUGCUCCCAUCUCAUAUGACCGUCUUCGCUAAGCCCGAAGAGGACGACCUGGUCACAGCUACCGGCAAAGCCAUCGCCUCGAUGCGCGCCAACAAGGUGCGCACCGAGCUGUUCCACCAGCAGGUGAAGAGUAUGUAUUCGUGGACCAACGUUGCCAUGCGGACCGAGCGCGUGUACAACGGUAUAUCCGGCGCGAUUAGCGAGGCUGAGUUCUACGGGUACGACGCUGCCAAUGGCGCUGGGAGUUGGAGCGCCACACGGGGCCGUUCCGGCGUGCAGAGUUUCGCGCUCAUCGACCGGUUGAAGAGAUACUACGGAUGUGGUAUCUGGGCCGGGAAACUGUUUUGUCUGUGUGUCAUUGUGGACUAUCUCAUAUUCUUGGCGCUGGAGUUGUGGUUCCCGCGAGAGAAAAUUGACGUUUGUCCCGACUGGCCAAGGAAGGAGAGAAAGGUAGAUGGGAAGGAUGCAGGGUGA